AUGUCACGCUUAUCCAGAUUUUGUACUAUCUCAGAUGCUUUGAUUUGUGUGACAGCGAUUUUGGUACUUCGGUUAAUACUCACGUUCGUCUGGAACAGGCGAUGGUUGUACUACCAUGGGUCGAAAUUUCCAGGACCCGUGGCUUUUCCGUUAAUCGGGAACAUGUACCUCCUGGAGGACGUGAAAAAAAUACACGCCACUAUUUGUAAGUAUUAUGACAAAUACGCCCCGAUUGGAAGGUUCUGGAUCGACACUCUCUAUGUGUGUACUUCCAAGGCGGAGUACGUGGAGAAGGUGUUCACCAGAUGUCUAGACAAAGGCAUACUUUACGAUAUAAUCGCCGACGAUUAUUUCAAAGACACGAUUAUCUUCGCUCCAUUAUCCGUUUGGAAGAAACAACGAAAAGUAAUGGACCACUUCUUCAAACCCAACGUGGUGAACUGUUUCGCUUCCAUCUUCAUCAGAGAAGCUCGAAGAGUGACGGAAAACCUCGAGGUCGGAAAACCCGUAGACCUCUUCUUAAACAUGUGGAACCUAGGCACGAACGCAGCUUGUGAAACCAUCGGAGGUGUCCACCCCAAGCUCCUCACCGGUAAAAAACAGAGCGUCAGGGAUGUCCUCAGGUUCGAAGAAAUCGUACUCAAGCGAUUUUUCAACCCCUUGUAUUUCUUCAAGUAUUUUUGGGACCGCUCUUCGUAUAAAAACGAAAUUCGAGAGAUCUGUCAAAGGGCUCAUCAGUUUGCAGAGAAGAUGGUAGACGAAAACGAAUCUUUGAAAAAAAUCACACAAGAUGGUGAGAAACGUUUAUUGAGUCAUUUGAUUCACUCCAACCACGAAAACCAAUUUUCGUACGAAUUGUUGCUACGAAUCGCCUCGACUCUUCUCCCGAUUUCCAGCGAAACCACAGCGGUGGGUGCCAGUUCUGUGCUCUUGAUGUUAGGAAUGCACCCAGAAGUCCAAGAAAAAGUCUCCGAAGAGCUACAUUCAGUGUUCGGCCACACUGACCGAGACGCCACCCUUGAAGACCUUUCCCAACUGGACUACCUGGACCGCGUUAUCAAAGAAAGCCUGCGCCUCUUCCCCCCUUUGCCGCUAAUCGGGCGCGAAAUCAACCGCAACGUCGCUCUAGAUCCCUACGUGCUUCCGGCUGGGUGUAGGUUCGUGGUGCUCGUCCAGCAUAUUCACAGGAACCCCGAGUAUUGGUCGGAGCCGUUGAAAUUCGAUCCUGAUAGGUUCCUGCCCGAGGAAACGGCAAAGAGGAACCGGUUUGCGUAUAUUCCGUUCAGUAUUGGCUCCAGGAACUGUCCAGGUUCUAGGUAUGCCAUGUUGUCGAUGAAGGCCACUUUGGCGACGGUUUUGAGGAGGUACAAGAUUGCGAAAGUGAUGGAUUAUAGGAGUGUGGAGGAGAUUGAGUUGACGUUUUCGUUCGUGGGGAAGGCGAGUAAAGGCUAUAGAGUUGUUUUGGAGAAAAAGUGCCAGAGUUAGCUUUUAAUUAGUUUAAGUAUUUAUUUAAUUUAUUGUAAUGAGCUUCCAGACCAAGGUUUUUUUAGUCUCAGGGUUUAUUUACCUGUUAUGUAAUUAUUAUGGGUGCCGAUCAUUUUGUAUCAUAUUACAUUGACACCUUGCAUAAUAGUCAACUUUGUA